AUGGAUAAGAUGGUGAGCAAGAUCAAGCUUGGAGAAGAAAGUUUCUGGUUCUUCAAGCAAGAAGAAGAAGGCACCCAAGCUCCCACUUUCCCUAGGAGUCACUCCUCACCACCCAAAGGAGGCUCCCUGCCCAAGAGCCUCACAGAGCCUCUUCUUUCGAGCCAAGGGAAGGAGAAGACAACACGCAGAGAAGGAGGAAGAGUUCCAAGGCCAGACGCUCCAGCUCGACCACCGGACUCGAUCGAGUCCAAACAGAGGAAACUCAACUCGAUCGAGCUGACGGUCGAGUUGAGGAGGAGCCCCAGUUCGAGGAUCCUGGAUUUGAGUACGAUCCACCCUUACCAGGACUCCCCGAGUAGAUGGAACCCCUAUGGACAGUCGAGCUACCAAUGCUCCACCAAGGCCAAGGAAGCCACACACAUUUGA